AUGUCACCACCUACUUUUCUAUCCUUUUUGAAUGCAACGGGAACUCUCCCAAUCUUAACAUAUUGUGCUGCUAGCAUCUUGAUGACAGUUACAAACAAAUAUGUUUUGUCUGGUUAUGAAUUUAAUAUGAACUUUUUUCUGCUAGGAGUACAGUCAACAGUAUGUAUAGUUUUAUUAAAAGUUUUUAAAUUUAUGAAUUUAGUUUCAUAUAGAGAAUUUGAUUUAGCUUUAUCACGAAAAUGGUUUCCUAUUGCUGUGUUACUUGUUGCUAUGAUUUAUACAGGAAGUAAAAGUUUACAAUAUCUUUCAAUUCCUGUAUACACAAUAUUUAAAAAUUUAACAAUCAUUUUAAUCGCAUAUGGAGAAGUAUUAUGGUUUGGUGGUAGUGUGUCAAGAUUAACGAUGGCAAGUUUCUUGUUAAUGGUUUUUUCCUCUAUAAUAGCUGCGUUAUCAGAUAGUUCUAACGCAUCUAUAAAAGCUACGAGCAUCAAAUUUGAUUUUGGUUAUUUAUGGAUGGCAUUUAAUUGUGUUUCCUCUGCUGCAUUCGUUUUAACUAUGAGGAAACAUAUUAAAUCGACUAAUUUUAAAGAUUUCGAUACUGUUUAUUAUAAUAAUUUAUUAUCUAUACCAUUGUUAAUAAUAAUGAGCCUUAUGAUGGAGAAUUGGAGCAGGGAGAAUUUUGAAAGAAAUUUACCUGAAGAUGUGCGUAAUACACUUGUUAUAGCCAUAUUAUUCUCAGGGAUAUCAGCAUUUGGUAUUUCAUAUACUUCAGCUUGGUGUGUGAGAGUGACGUCAAGUACAACCUAUAGUAUGGUUGGAGCAUUAAAUAAAUUACCUGUAGCCGCAAGUGGAAUGAUUUUCUUUGGUGAUCCAAUCACAAUUGGAAAUGUUUCUGGAAUAUUCAUUGGUAAAAUUUAA